AUGUCUCCUACAAAGAGAAGAGGAGGUGGUCGCCGUGGUCAUGGUCGUGGAAGAGCUGCUGUGGCAGAAAAAGAUAUGGAUCAUCUCGAAACCUCUGCACCUUCUUCACCAAGUACCUCUGACAGGGAAGAUCAGCUUGUGUUGAUUCCAAGACAAUCCCCAGCUUGCUAUGUAGGACCAUCAGAAGUAUCCUCCACGUUACUCAACCCUAAGAUAAACCAUCGUUCCGAUGCGAUUUUUGGUGAUCAGGCAGUGGAGCAGUUGAAGUUACGUCAUCACAAGCCUUUGAAAUUUCAUGAGAGAUAUCGGCCUUAUCUGAGAGAUGCAGGUUUGCUUGGGCUUGCACAAAUUUGCCAGAAGAUGCCUCAGUUGGACAAAGCAUUGAUUACUGCCCUUGUUGAGCGUUGGAGGCCAGAGACCCAUAGCUUCCACUUGGCCUCCGGGGAGAUAACUGUUACACUUCAAGAUGUCGCAAUGUUGUUUGCUCUUCCUAUUGAUGGCCGUCCUGUUUGUUCUACCACUGAUCAUGAUUAUGCGCAAGUGGUCCUUGAUUGUUUAGGCCAGGAUGCAAGGGGGCCAGCAAUGCCUGGAAAGUCCUUCCUGCAUUACAAAUGGCUUAAGAAAAACUUUUAUGAAUUACCAGAGGAGGCGGAUGAUAUGACAGUUGAAAGGCAUGUUCGAGCAUAUAUACUGAGCCUUUUAUGCGGGGUGCUCUUUCCAGAUGGGACAGGAAGGAUGAGUCUGAUAUAUCUUCCUCUGAUUGCUGAUCUUUCACGUGUUAGCACAUACAGCUGGGGUUCUGCAGUUCUAGCAUUCCUGUACCGAUCUCUUUGCUCGGUUGCCUCCUCCCACAAUAUCAAGAAUAUUGGCGGUUCAUUGCUUCUCUUGCAGCUUUGGAGUUGGGAGCGCUUUCAUGUUGGCAGACCAUUGGUUCGGUCUCCUUUAUGCACAGAGAUAGGCAUUGAACAGGACUUACCUCCAAUCGGCUUCCGUUGGGUGGGGGCACGCACACAAAGUGAGAAUGCUACUCGCUGCCUUAAGCAGUACAGAGAUGAACUGAACCUUCAGCGAGUUGAUCAGGUGAAGUGGGAACCCUACCUGCAGAUAGAGCCCUCAACCUUACCCCCACUUUGUACAAGAGACGCGGACCUGUGGCUUACACAAGCUCCAUUAAUAAACUUCCCUAUAGUUGAAAUGUAUUUGCCUGAGCGAGUGAUGAGGCAAUUCGGGCUUCGACAAUGCAUUCCACCACCUUUUCGGCCUACGCUACAGUCAUUACAUCGUAUUAGUAGACGUGGCAAAGAACGAGAGAACUGGGAAGAAACACACCAUGAGUAUAUCCAGGAAUGGGAAGCACGACGACAGCGCAUAUUUCGAGAUACAGAGCAAUAUGAUCCAUCAUCUUAUGAGGAGUAUCUGCGCUGGUACUCAGGAGCAACACGGCGGUACCUUGUCCCAGCAACCAGUGAUGACGUUGAAGCGGGACCUUCAGCUCCAACUGAUGAUUCCUUAGAUCUUCAGUACCAAGCCAAGUCUCCAAUAAUCCGCAAAGCAGUUGAUAAACUGGAAGUUAUGGUGAAGAAGGCCAAGAGAGCCAUGACAACUACAGCUGAUACAACCACUCAAGCCUUGGUUGCUGAGUUUCUGCAUGGCUUUGAAGAUGUCUUGCAAGAUCUUGGUGAGAUCCAGAAUAAUAGUGACUCAGCUGUUCCACCUUUUCAUUCGGAUACUAGUCCACAUGUUGAUGCAGCUGCAAGUCAACAGGCACCUCAAUUUUUGCUUGAAGCUCAAGAAAAUAUAGAUACCAACCAAGAAGGGCAACAAGAGGAAGAUGAAGAACUUAACACAGUGGAGCGCGCUUCAUUUGCCCUGGAGCCUAUGGAAGAGGAAAACGACUUCUCCAACAAUGUGUUCCCUGAAAAUCCUUCACUGGGUGUGGGGGAAAACUGUGAUUCAGCUGCACCAGCCACUGAGAUUUGUGAUGCAGCCACUCCCAUGACUGAUUUGGUUGUUCCUCAAUCGGAUGCGGAUCUCCAUCAAGAUCAACAUCUAGAAGACCACGCUGAAAUGGAGCAGACUAUAUUGAUGGGGGAGCCUAAGUGCGAGGAGGGUGAUGGUUCCAGCUUUGUGCUCCCACCAAGCCCUCCAGAACUGAUGCUGGAGGAACAGGACGACCCAGGGUUAGUAGCUCUAGGUACUGAAUCAUGUACCGUACAGCAGAGCCUUGAAGUAGGAGAGGCUGGGGAUCAGGAAAACCCUAGCACAGCUGAGCAUGGCGUCAUGAUAGUGGAGCAUACGGGUGAGGAAAACAACAAUUGCAAUGGCGUUUAUUCUUCCUGCCCACCUUCAUCUGCCAUUGUUGAUCCCAUCCAAAUCGAGCAGUGA